GCUUUAAGCGCACUGUGUGUAUCAGCCACUCUUCCUCUCCCCUGUGCGAGCUCUUGGAUGUGAUGUCAUCAGAGGCUUCAAGUUAUUGUGGCCAGUGUCCUCUUCCUGUUCCUGACUCUGCUCUGCAACCACGCAACAGGUUGGGAAGGUUUGAGGAUUUGACUUUCAAACACGAGGGGUUGAGAAGGAGCAGCGUGUGUCAUCUGGAAGAGUUUAACAGAAAACCACAAUGGCAACCCCUGAAGAUCUUUGGAACACUCUGCUGCACCUGAAAGGUGAAGAGUUCAAGCAGUUCAAGUGGCUCCUGAAGCAAGAGGACAUCUGUAAAGGUUUCUCAGCCAUCUUUGAGGCCAAGCUGGAAGAGGCAGACAGACAGGACGUGGUGGAUCUGAUGGUGCAAAAAUAUAAGAUUCCUGGAGCUUUGGAGAUAACCAUGAAGAUUUUAGAAAAGAUCAGCAGGAAUGACCUGGUUCAGCGUUUGUCACACACCAGCUCAAGACCAAAAGACCUCAAGAACCACGACACUGUUCCUUUUAACUGUGAUUAUGAAAGGAAGAAGGCCAAGCUGAAGGCUGAAAUUAAGCUGAUGAUCCAGGAGAGACAGAUGAAGAUCUUGGAGAUCAAUCGCUCAGCAGAGUUCAGCAGUCAAUCUGCAGACAGUCAUAUUGAAGACAGUAAGCAGGUGUUUGCUGUUUUGCGGCAGUCUGUUGAGAGAAGUUUGGCUAAUCUCAUCAAGGCAAUUGAAGAAAAGCGAGAAACGACACAGAAACAGGCCCAAGGAUUCAUCCGAGAGCUGGAGAAAGAAAUCUCUGUGCUGACAAAGAAAGACGCCGAGAUGGAGCAGCUCUCACACAAUGAAGACCACCCUAACUUCCCGCAAAGCUUAUCAUCCCUGAAUGCAAUUCCAGCCACCAAGAGCUGGACAGAAGUCAGCGUCACUCCACCAACAUAUGGGGGAAGUGUGGGCACAGCUAUGAAUCAGCUGGAGGAAAUACUAAAGAAAGAGAAGGAGAAAUUGUUUGCCAAGGCCAAGCUGAAGAGGGUCCAGCAGUAUGCAAAGGAUGUGACUCUAGAUCCUGAUACAGCAAAUUCCUACCUCAUUUUGUCUGACGAUGGGAAACAAGUUUAUUGUGGUGAUGUAUCACAAAACCUUCCAGACAACCCAGAAAGAUUUAAUCCUGGUGUAAAUGUCUUAGGAAAGCAAAGUUUCUCUUCAGGAAGACUUUACUACGAGGUGCAGGUUAAAGGUAAGACUUCCUGGGAUUUAGGUGUCGUCAGAGAGUCGAUCAACAGGAAGGGGUCGAUCACAGCAAGCCCCAAAAACGGCUACUGGACAAUAUGUUUAAGGGAAGGAGAUAAGUACAUAGCCUCUGCUGUCCAGCUCAGUGUAAAACAUCAGCCGAAGAAAGUGGGAGUGUUUGUGGAUUAUGAGAAGGGCUCAGUCUCGUUUUUUGAUGUAGAUUCUGCUGAUCUUAUCCACAGCAUUACUGACUGUUCCUUCACUGAGAAACUCUUCCCAUUCUUUAGUCCCAGUCGUCAUUAUGAUGGCAAAAACGCCACCCCUCUGAUCAUCUGUCCUGUUAAUUACACAGGUUAGAUUUGAUCAAUCAUCAGAGGGUUUCAUCAUAACCGUAGCCACAAAAAGUUACUCUGUGGCCAGCAAAUAUCCCCUGUGACCAAUGAAUGUAAUCACGUCUCUCUUGAGAAAGAGUGUGUCUCAAAUCGUAAAUUUUUUUUCUUUUUUUUAAAAAGCGAAUAGCAAAUGGACGGUAGAGCAUUAUCGCCAAUAUUUGACUGUGACGAUAAAGGCUUUGGGGGUGAGGACCAAUAUCUUUGGCAGACCUGGUGAAGCCAGCGGACAUCUCAACCAAGUCUUUCUCUUCCGUGUGCCGGCCAUUAUGGUGAAUCUCUGUUAGCACAUAUUGGAAUAUGAAUGCUGAUACAUUUUUAAAAAGCUAACUCCACGAUAGCUGAUCAGUUCUGAGAUUGCAUUUCGGCCAAUGUGUGCCUCUGGACUGUUUACCUGCCAUUCAAAUGUGAUUGAUCAAUAAUACUUGGAGUGCAAACGGACUACCGAGGCACCUUAUGGAAACCAGAACACUUUCAAUACUAAAAUCUUGUUCAGUUGCCCACAGAUCCCUUCUUAGGUUACAGUUUCACAAACAUUGCGAUUCAUUUGCUCCUUUUAGAUCAACAUUCUACGAGAACAGCGAACAGUACUUGACGCCAGCUAGCCAGGACUCAAGACCAAUGGCAUCCUGUUGUCCCGCUGAUGAGGGAGGGCGCAUUUAAGUUGAACAGAAAUCUUCCCUCGAUCCAGGACAAAAGUACUUUCUGUAUAUAUGUUUAAGGCUGCUGUGAAAGUGGCAACAAAAAAAAUUUGCCUUGGGUGCAUCGGUACAACAGGCAAACAAAAAAAGGACGGCAGAAGAGAUACCCUCACACAAACUGGGCUAACUAACUGGGCUGGAGAGCCACAAAAAGGUCCACGGAUCAAUACAAAAAUAGUACUGUUUAUUUAAAACAUCUGUGCACAAAAAAAGGUGCUCAAAGUGCAAAAAAGAAGAUAAAAAGUGAGUAAAAACAGCAAACAUUUCAGACUUUAAGCACCGAUGAUAGUGACGACUAAAACGUUUGCUGUUUUUACUCACUUUUUAUCACUGUUUUUUCACUUUGAGCACCUUUUUUGUGCAUAGAUGUCUUAAAUAAACAGAAUAUUUUUACAUUGGUGUGCAGGAAUCUCCUCUGCCGUCCUUUCUUGUAUACAUGUGUAAUGAUCGCUUAGCCAAUGACAAACUGAGUGACUAUAAUGAAGCGUGUCUUCAUGCUGUUAUCACUGGGAGAAGAGUAGUUAGCUGUUAGCAGCAGAUGGGCAGCAGGGUUUGGUGGUGUUUGGCUGAGCCAACAGCUAAUGGGGCGAAACACAGCAUGACUGAGAGCUUCUGGUCAGAUGAAAGGGUUUAUAAUUAUGAUUUCUGCCUGGUUACUUUAUUAACUUGUUUUUGUAUAUUACUGCUUUGCUUGAUUUUUUUAUGAAUGGAUACAUCGUUCUUGUUUUUUUAGUAGCAUAUUUUAACAGUGUUUUGUAAGGUGUCCUUGGGUGCUCUGAAAAGCACCUAUAAAUAAAAAGCAUUAUUAUUAAUAAACAGUGAAGCUCAGUUUAAUGUGACAGCAAGACAAGUUUACUGUAAAUAAAUGUUAAUGUUAGUGAAGUACUUCAGCUGUGUGUAGUUUGGAGGCAACAUUAAAGGUACUUUGAGUUUGCAGUUAGACACUUUGAGUUAGUGUAUCUCACCAAACUUCUGCCAGAGAUAAAAGUAACCAGAUACAUUUACUCGAUUCUAUACUUAAGUACACUGCGUGUAUGUAGCUGUUAUAGAUUAUUAAUUGUUUUACCUAAAAUCAAUGCAAAACAAUCAGAAAGAGAAGUUUAAUUAAAUAUAAUCAAAAUCAAUCCUGUAUCUUUUUGCAUGACUUUUUUUUUUUUUGAAAAGCUUGCAAAACAAACAUGAUUAUCUAUUUAGAAAAAGAGAGAGAUGACUAGUCGCUCUGUGAAAUCGAAUGUAGAUCAAAGUAGAAAACGAGGAAAGAAGAAUUAAAAAGCUUUUAUUGUAGCGGCUAAAUCAUUAAAAGAGCCAACAUGUUUCAACCACUGCAGGUCUUCAUCAGGGCUUUAAAACACUUUUUUUUAUUUUAUUUUAUUAACUAGUUAUUUUCUAAUUAUUUUGCAUUUGUUUCACAUGUCAUGUCAUUAUCUGGGUCAUGUGAUGGGCUCCAAUUGGUUCCUGAUACAGGUGGGGCCACACCUGUAUAGCAGCUUUUUAAGGCUAGGCUUUUUAAUAUUUCCUUCCUCAUUUUUAUAUUUUUGGAGUAUCUUACUUGUCUUACUGUGUAUCCCUUAUUAAUCUAUUUCCUUAACAUUGUGUUUUUAUUAUGCAGCUAAAAGUAAAGAUCAUAUUAAUGAAGUGAAAGACUGAACUAAGAGACUGUGAGAAAACAUAAGUUUACAACAAUAUUUUAUUCUGUUGAUGUCUUGUCGUUUAUUGGAGUAUCACAGUUAAGAAAGGCAGUGUUUAGUUGUGUUAAAUUUCCUUUUCUGUAGGCUUUUAGAUAUGUUUACAUUUAGGUAAUCAAAAAUGUUCUUUGGCCACCAAAUUUAGGGGCUUGGUUGCCCGUGAGGCCAGUGCUUGAAGAUAUUGGCGUAUAUCCCUGAUAAUAAUCUCAAAAAUGACUCUACAAUUUAAGAAACAUCACAAAUUGCAGCCUAAAGCAGUUGUGAGGUUCAUUCAAUUAGUUUAUAAUUUGAUAAUGUUAAACAAGAAUGUAGGAGGUGAGGGAAACACCCUCAAACUGUCAGAUAAUGUAUUAGGGUUUGGGUGUAGUACCAGUGUAUGGCCACUACAUGGUGCCACUCUUUUACAGGUGUGUGCGUGCUGCAUUGAUCAGCAGCUGGCUGCAGUUAUUUCUCCAGAGGAAGGAGCUGAUAUGUGCAUAUGAUGAAUACUGUCAAAUAAACAAACAAUGUUAAAAGCU